GUCCUGGAGGUUGGGAUGCUCUUGUCCAAAUCCAACUGUCUUGCCCGCCUGCGUGCCGCGCCCUGCAACAACCUGCACGCCACCAAGCUGGCGCCCGGCAAGGAGAAGGAGCCCCUGGAGUCACGGUGUCAGGUGGGCCCGCUCCUGGGCAGCGGCGGCUUUGGCUCCGUCUACUCCGGCAUCCAUGUCACCGACCACUUGCCAGUGGCCAUCAAGCACGUGGAGAAGGACUGUAUUUCAGGCUGGGGAGAGCUGCCUGACGGCACCCGAGUGCCCAUGGAAGUGGUUCUGCUGAAGAAGGUGAGCUCGGGCUUCCCCGGCGUCAUCAGGCUCCUGGGCUGGUUCGAGAGACCCAGCAGUUUCGCCCUGAUCCUGGACAGGCCCGAGCCAGCAGCGCAAGAACGCUUCGACUUAAUCACGGAAAUGGGGGCCCUGCAGGCGGAGCUGGCCCACAGCUGCUUCUGGCAGGUGCUGCAGGCCGUGCGGCACUGCCACAGCUGCGGGGCGCUUCACCGCGACGGCAAGGAUGAGAACACCCUUAUCGACCUCAGUCGCGGUGAGCUCAAACUCAUCGACUUCAGGUCGGGGGCGCUGCUCGAGGACACCGUCUACACGGACUUCGAUGGGACCCGAGCAUAUAGUCCUCCAGAGUGGAUCCACUACCAUCGCUACCAUGGCAAGUCAGCAGCCGUCUGGUCUCUGGGAAUCCUGCUGUAGGAUAUGGUCUGUGGAGAUAUUCCCUUUGAGCACGACGAGGAGACCAUCAGGGGCCAAGUUUUCUUCAGGCAGAGGGUCUCUUCAGCGUGUCAACAUCUCAUUAGAUGGUGCUUGGCCCUGAGACCAUCAGAUCGGCCAUCCUUCAAAGAAAUCCAGAACCAUCCAUGGAUGCAAGAUGUCCUCCUGCCCCAGGAAACUGCUGAGAUCCAUCUCCACAGCCUGUUGCCAAGGCCCAGCAGAUAG